CCGUUCAGGAACCUCCCCAGUCACGAAAACGAGAGGCUGUCGCUGCUGUUUGACGCUUGGUGGGCCGCCACGGUCAACAACUCUCAUCGCAGCAAGCCGAAUCAAUGCUGUGAGUCACUGGCAGCACGGCGGGCUCGCUCACCUUUGCGGUAUCAAUAUCCUUCUUCGCCUCUUGUUUUUUUUUCCUGCCUGCGUCGCCUGGUGAACCGUCACAACAACCCUGCAACGACAGAGAUCAACCCUGCCGAGUGCAUCUUCUCAUUCCGAACAGAAUGGACACACCACCUCCCAACCAUCUCAUCGUUGUUUGCGGCCACGCCAUCUGGCUGGGCGGGCCGCAACAGGGACAGGAUGAGUCUGAGUGGUUGAUCGAGAGCUACAAACGGGGCGAGACCCCAACCUUCAUCGAGCACAUCAAGGCUGGCCUCCGUGCACUCGGUGACGAUGACCGCUCCGCCUUGGCGUUUUCCGGUGGCCCGACAUGGAAGGAGACUGCUCUCUCUGAGGCGCGCAGCUACGCAAAUCUCGCUGCUACGAAUGGAUACUUUGGCUUGAUAUCUGCCGACAUUCCGUCAACAGACGGCACUCGGCAGCAUCCGCUAUCGCCCAUCCCGCUCUCUCCCCGCAUUAUCCUUGAAGAGCAGGCACUGGACUCAUAUUAUAAUGUCCUCUUCUCCGUCGUAGCCUUCUGGAGGCGGUAUGCGACGUGGCCUGUGAAGCUCACUGUCGUUAGCCACGCUUUCAAGCGGAUGCGAAUUGUGGAUGCCCAUUGUGCGGCCAUUGGCUUUCCCAUCGACCGCGUCAACUUUAUUGGUAUUAACCCACCAAAUCUGCCUCCUUGGCUCCAAGCAAUGGAGCAACUGGAUGGGCCAGCUGUCCCCUCGACUAGACAUGAAGAGUCUGUGUCGGAGGAGAAGGACGAGGUGAUGGCGAGAGGGAUUAGAGAAGUUAUCGGUCAAUGGACUGAUGAUCCCCAUGGGGCUGGGGAGGCUCUCGCUAGGAAGCGGCAGGCUCGGAACCCUUGGGGAAUAAGCCAGCGACUUUUCCAUGACGACGAGGAAAAGCUCAAGAGCGGCAUUGAAACCGUCAUCCUCGUUGAUGGUACUGAGUCUUUGACUAUUGCUCCCCCAUCUGGUGCCGCCUGGAGGAGAUAGCGACCAGAGAUGGGGCUGGCCGGGCCCUCAUUAAAAUAGCAUAUGCCAGCCUCAGCCAAUUUCGAUGCGAGAGACCUUUCAAAUCCUAGACACAUUCACACCACCCG